CACAUGGCCUCUAGUUUUGAUUGGUUUCCGCAAUGAAGAAACAAUGAGUAGCCCGAUGCACGCCAGCGAAGCAGUUGCGAAGCAGUUUCAGUCUUCAGCACGGCGCAAGCGGCGCUAUGCGGCGAUGGAUGAUGUGCAUGACUUGGGGCUUGCUGGCCGUGUAAUAGUUGUUGUGGAGAACCUAUGUGACCUGCAAAACUUAGAACGACUGCAGAGAACCUGCAGAGCCUUUGGGGCUGAGCUGCGGCUGGUACAGGAUGAUGGGACUCGGCGGCAGGACUCGAGAUGUCGCAAGUCCCUAGACUUGGGAGGCUACGCUCCAAGCAUUCGGGUCUUCCACACCACCACCGAGUGUGCCAAGGAGUUGGGGGCCGAAGGUGCCCGGUCCUUCGCUACAGCCCUGGACAAGGAGAGUGUUCCUUGGGACGACCAGAGCUUUCUUGGAGGGUGAGCAUCUACAAUCUUCGAUUCGAACGUGAUCGCAGACUAGCGCUGUGGUUUGGCCAGGAGAAGCACGGCCUGAGUGACGCAGCAAUAGCAGCUGCAGAUGAGCGAGUCUACAUUCCUAUGGCUGGAAUGGUGCAAAGUCUCAAUGUUGCAGUGUCGGCAGCCGUGGUCCUUGCCGAGGUGGCUCGGCAGGCGCGAAGUGAAGCGGCCCCUAUAGAGAGUCGGGUGCUUUCUACAAGCGCUGGAGGUGAUCCGGUCCCAAAGUCAGCGAGUCGGACGGAGAAAUUCUGGUCCAUUGCUCAGAAGCGGCAACGGGGCCUGGUGGUGGUCUUAGAAGACCCAGACAGGUUGGAUGCUGCUGCCAUUCUUCGCGGCUGCGAUGCCUUUGGGGUAGCAGAGGUUCACUUCAUCUUCGAGUCAACCAAGUUCUUCGACCCUUUGGCCAAUCGCCAAGUGAUGAAGUCAGAAGGCUCGAACCUCUGGGUUUGCUCCCGCGUCUUUUACAAGGCAAGAGACUGUUUACAGCAUCUCAAUGAGCGUGGCUUCACACCUGUGCUGCUGAAUCCUGAUCCGCGGCAACCUGCAGAAAUGGCCCUCCAGAGUGACCUGGGUCAAGAGCAAAAGUUGGCGCUAUGGCUUUGCUCACCGAGCACCGCAAGCACCGCUGGCGAGCUUCUAAGUGGCGCUUGCAGCAUUGGCCUUCCUGGCGCUGGAGAAGCGAUGGCCGUGUCGAAUUUCGUUUCAGUGAUCCUGGCAGAGGUCGUGCGGCAAAGGAGCAAGUGUCCUGCGAGCCACUGGCGCUUGACUCCUGAAGAGCAGCUAUCCUAUGUGAACUGGUGCACAGCGGUGCAUGCCAAGCGGCACCCGAGUGUGCAACAGCCACAACUUCAGGAGUCCAUGAGCCCCGAAUACCAGCGCAUGGGCUGCCUGAGGGCUGAGCUGGCCAGACAAGGAUGGUGAAAACAGCUGGACAAAUCCGAUAGACCGCUCG